AUGGAAAAUUUAUUGUUGAAAGUAAUAAAGAACAUAGUUGAAACUGAUGAAAGAUCUCUUAAAUGUGGAGUGACAGAUUUUAACAGUGCAGUGAUGGAACAUCAGUGGCUUGACACAUAUUACGAGUUAGAGCUUGUCUUGAAACUGCCGCAAGAGGAACACCUGGAGAAAUUCAUUAAAAUCCCACUAUUAUAUCAUUUUGGUCUUGAGAAAUUUCCAUGCUUACGAAUAACUUGCUUUCCGUACGAUUAUUCUCAAAAGUUAAGCUCUUGCAAGCAUUUCCCUUUACAAUUUCAUCUCUCGAAGACGAGGUUUAUGUUGAAAAAGCAUUUUUACUCCUCAAAUGCUUAG